AUGCUGCGGUUCCUGCGCAGGACCUUUGGCCGUCGGUCGAUGCAGCGAUACGGGCGAGGAGCCGGGCGCGGAGCCGGGCGAGGUGGGCUCGGCGGCGAGGGGGACGAGCGGGACGGGGGGCUGCGAGGAGCGGCCGCCGCCGCCGUCGGCUCGGGAGGCUUCCCCUCCUCGCCGCUCCCCGGAGGGGUCGUGCACAGCGCCGGAGCGCCCGUCCACAUCCCGGCGGCCGGCGGCAGCAAGCCGGUGCUGCAGUGCCGCGUCCUUCUCCUGGACGGGACCGAAGUCAACGUGGAGCUGCCGAAAAAUGCAAAGGGACAGGAGUUGUUUGACCAGAUUGUGUAUCAUUUGGACCUUGUAGAAACGGAUUACUUUGGCCUGCAAUUCAUGGAUGCUUCCCAAAUAACACACUGGUUGGACCAUUCAAAAUUCAUUAAGAAGCAAAUAAAAAUUGGACCUCCGUACACGUUGCAUUUUCGAAUUAAGUACUAUUCAUCAGAACCGAACAACCUGCACGAAGAGUUUACAAGGUACCUGUUUGUAUUACAGCUCCGGCAAGACAUUCUUUCAGGGAAACUGAAAUGCCCUUACGAAACUGCUGUUGAACUAGCAGCUCUGUGUCUUCAAGCUGAGUUGGGAGAGUGUGAGCAUCCUGAGCACACACCAGAGCUCGUGUCUGAAUUCAGGUUUGCACCAAACCAGACUGAAGCAAUGGAAUUUGACAUUUUUCAGAAAUGGAAAGAGUGCAGGGGAAAGAGCCCGGCGCAGGCUGAAUUGUGCUACUUGAACAAAGCUAAAUGGCUAGAAAUGUAUGGUGUAGAUAUGCAUGUAGUUAAGGGAAGAGAUGGUUGUGAAUAUGCUCUUGGACUGACACCAACAGGCAUAUUGAUCUUUGAAGGAGCCAACAAAAUAGGCUUAUUCUUUUGGCCUAAAAUCACAAAAAUGGACUUUAAAAAGAGCAAACUAACGCUCGUGGUUGUAGAAGAUGAUGAACAGGGCAGAGAGCAAGAGCACACAUUUGUUUUCCGGUUAGACAGUGCCAAAACGUGCAAGCACUUGUGGAAGUGUGCGGUGGAGCACCACGCUUUCUUCAGAUUGCGAGCCCCAGCAAAUAGUAAAUCUAGUAGAUCCGACUUCAUAAGGCUGGGAUCACGCUUCAGAUUCAGUGGGAGGACAGAAUAUCAAGCAACACACGGGACAAGAUUACGCAGAACUAGUACAUUUGAAAGAAGGCCGAGCAAGAGAUACCCUUCUCGGAGGCAUUCCACUUAUAAGGCAAACAAUCCUGUGAAAGCAGCACAACUGUGUGCUAAAAAUACUCCUGAAGUCCAUAACUACCAGCCACAGUAUCAUCCUAAUAUACAUCCUGCUCAGCCACACUGGCAUCCACACACACCUGUGAAUGUAAGGCCACCCUAUCAUGAUGACAGGCCCUAUUGGAAACCCCCCACAAGUGGAGAGGACAGCAAUUUACGGUAUAUCCAGGAGCAGAACCAGAAGAAUUUAGGAGGAGUCCAAAGCAUGGUGUACCAAGAUAAACUCAUGACAACUCUCUGAAAAAGAGCCAUCUUCAUUUCACCUGCCAUCUUACAGACAUCAUUGCAUUCCAUGGUCCUUGUCUGUCUGCAGUAUGUUCAAACUGUAUUGUGCAUAAAGUGUGUGUCUUUGUACGUACAUCCAUCCUUGUUUCGUGUUUGUGGACAUUCUUGGGAAAAGUGUUUUCCAUAUCUUUGUU